AAUAGCCAGUCGAUCCAAAAUUCCAGUCACAAAAAAUGGAUUUUAGUGAGGUUCUGGAUAAGUGUGGAAACUAUGGGAGGUUUCAAGUGGUGAUCCUUUUGCUGUACGGCUAUACAAACAUUCUGGGGUCGCUGCACUACUUCUCGCAGACCCUCAUCACCUUUACACCCGAGCAUUGGUGCUCCCAUAUUGACCUCCAGGGUCUCAGUGUCAAGGAGCUUCGCUCUGUGUACUCAAACAUUUCCGCCUCAUCCUGCACUCCCCUUCUGGGCGUGGUCAAUGGCAUGGGCGUAGUAGCAGAGGGACGUGAAUGCAAGGAUUGGAUUUUCAAAAGAGAGAGUGGCUACGAAAGCAUCACCACCGAGUUUAAAUGGGUCUGUGACAAAUCCCACCAUCCAGCGGUGGGUCAGUCUUUCUUCUUCAUGGGAUCUGUGGUGGGCACCAUCAUCUUUGGCUACCUCUCGGAUCAAAUAGGUCGUCUGCCAUCUCUGCUAAUGGCCACCUUGUUUGGUGCUACGGGUGACUUUAUUACCUCCUUUGUGUACACUCUGCCCUGGUUCGCCUUCUCCAGAUUUAUGUCGGGACUAUCCACUGAUACCAUGUACUAUCUAAUGUAUAUUUUGGUCUUUGAGUACCUGAGCCCCAAGAGCCGAACCUUUGGCCUCAACAUCAUCCUGGCCAUAUUCUACUGCUUUGGACUGAUGACCUCGCCCUGGGCUGCCAUUUGGAUUGGCAACUGGCGGCGCUACCUCUGGCUGGCUUCUCUGCCAGCUCUGGGUGUCCUUAUAUAUCCCUUCCUGAUCUGCGAAAGUGCCCAGUGGCUGUUGACCAAGAAGAAGUACGAUGAGGCGGUGGCCUGCCUAAAGAAGGUGGCCAAGUUCAAUGGUCGCCUUGUGGAGGAGACUAUUUUCGACGAGUUCGUCAAAUAUUAUCGCGAAAGAGCUCAACGAGAAUACAAACUAAAUGGUCAGGAGGACACCUUCCUCGCAAUGCUGAAAACACCUCGUUUGCGUCGAUUUACUUUGACUUUGCUGCUCAAGUCAGUCAUCAUAACGCUCUCUUGUGAUGUGAUCAAUCGCAAUAUGGAGGGCCUGGGCACCUCGCCCUUCAAGCUCUUCUCCUUCACCUCGAUCGUCUAUCUGCCCGCGGGAGUGGCCAUCCUGCUGCUGCAGAACAAGAUUGGACGCAAGGGCAUGGCCUGCUCCGCACUCUUUGUGGGUGGACUCAUCACCACGACGACGGGCUUCCUGAUUGCCCACUUGGAUCCCACGGAAAACGCCCUACUCCUGGCCAUCAUGGUGGGUCUGGGCCGAUUUGGAGCCACGGUUUCCUACGAUGCGGAGAUCCAAUAUGCGGCGGAGAUCAUUCCGACCAGUGUGAGGGGCCAGGCAGUCUCCAACAUCCAUGUUGUGGGUCUGGCCUCUAGCUCACUGGCCUUCUAUGUGAUCUACCUGGCCCAGUACUACAAGCCCCUCCCCUCGAUCUUUAUCAGCUGCCUGAUGUUCUUCGGUGCCGGACUUUGCCUGACUUUACCGGAGACCUUGAACAAGAAACUGCCCGAAACCUUGGCGGAUGGGGAAAACUUUGCCUUAAACGAGAGCUUCCUAUACUUUCCUUGCUUUCACAAAAAAGAAGAAAAUACUAAGGAUGAAUGUGUAUAACUCGAAAUGCAAGAGACUUAUUUUAUAGAAAUCCUUGAACAUGGCACAUUGUCAUCUGAUAAAAUAACCUGCCCGAAGACUGAUUAAAUAUAUUUUCGAAGGAUUAAUCUAAAAUAAUUCCAACACAAGGGUAAUCU